GCAAGUGUGCAGUAAGAGGGGAGAUUGGAUGAGAAACUCACUGAACAGUGCAGUGCCGAGUGCCAGUGACUGAGUAUGAGUGCUCGUGAGUGAUAGUCGUUGUAAAAUGAUGUUUAUCAUUGUCGUUGUGCUAUUGAAUUUGUGGGCUGUCGAAUCCCGACAAUUACUCGCGACACGAUCUAUAGGAUUGACAUCCGGGAAAGUGACAGUCUGCUAUGUCUCAUCAUGGGCUGUUUACCGCCAGCAGGGCGGAAAAUUCACCUUAGAUGAUUUGGAUCCUCAACUAUGUACUCAUCUUGUGUAUGCAUUUGCGGGCUUGGAUAAAGAAACAAGUGUUAUAAAGAGUCUUGAUCCUUACAAUGAUCUUGAAGAAGACUAUGGAAAAGGAUAUUACAAGAAAAUGACAUCUCUGAAGAAUAAAUACCCUGAGUUGAGUGUUACAUUAGCGAUUGGUGGAUGGAAUGAGGGAUCAGCCUCAUAUUCAGCAAUGGCGGCUAACCCAACUAAAAGGAAAUUAUUUGUUGAAAGCGUAGUUAUCAUGCUCAGUAAACAUGGGUUUGAUGGCCUUGAUUUGGAUUGGGAGUAUCCAGCUAAGAGAGGAGGCUCUCCAGAAGACAAAGCUAACUUUGUAUCACUGAUAAAGGACUUGAGAGCUGAAAUGGAUAAAAAAGGUUGGAUUCUCACCGCUGCUAUAGGUGCAGGAAAAGAUACGAUUGAAAGAGCAUAUGAUUUACCUCAAAUCAGCACUUAUUUGGACUACAUACAUUUGAUGACCUAUGAUUAUCAUGGAUCAUGGGAUCAGAAAGUGGGUGCAAAUGCUCCACUCUCAACUGCUGAACCCAAUGACGAGUUGACUGUUGAAUAUAGUAUCAACUAUUUGUUAUCUAACGGAGUCGCGCCAGAGAAACUAGUCAUGGGAAUACCUGCUUAUGGUAGAACUUUUAUAUUGAAAAAUCCUGAGAGUAAAGAAGCAAAAUUAGGAGAUUCAACUCAAGAAACAGGAUUUGGAGGUCCCUAUACCAAAGAAAAGGGUUUCAUGGGAUAUAAUGAGAUUUGUGCGGAAUUGGCAAAAGACUCAACAUGGCAAGAGUGGUGGGACAACACGACAAAGACGCAAUUCGCCAGGAAUGGAGAGAAAGUUAUUUCUUUCGACAAUGAAAUCAGCAUUGGAGAAAAAGUGAAAUUUGCAAUGCGUAACAAAUUGGCUGGCAUGAUGGUAUGGUCAGUGGACACAGAUGACUUCAGAGGCGAAUGUCACCAACAGGAACCAUUUACCAUUCUCAGGGUGAUUGAGAAAUCAAUGGCUACAUCAUUACAAGAAAUCGAAAAGCAUAAGAAACCCAAUGCAGCCGUUCAAUCGAUUUCUGUGUCAUUAGCACUACUAUUCUGCAUGCUGCAUGUACUAUUGUAUUGCAAUCACUGAAGCAACAACGUUCUAUUUCAGAAAACUUUCACCACCAAGUGAACUGUUGACAUUAAGUCGAUAUUCAUAGACUACUGUGAACAAAUAUUGUUGAAAGAAAUUCAAAACAAUUUAAAGAUAAUGAAUUAAUUAAUACCUGCAAAAAGAUGAAUGCAGAUAGGACCUAUCUGUAUUUAGCUACAUGGGUGGAUUUUUUUUUUUAAUUUGAUAGAUUAGUCCAUAAUAGAGAUGAUAAUAAUAUUAGUGUAGCAUAUUGAAGUAGGGCUAUACUCGACAAAAAAAAUCCAUAGAAAUCAGUGAUUGUGUUUGUGCGUUGUAAGCACGUUAUAUAGAAUGAGUCCAGUUACACACACAUCGAUUUUUGGACAUACGAGUUUUUUCGUCCUUAUAAAUUAUAUUAGAUUGAACAUCUUGACAAACAGAUGAUGUGUUUAUGUGUUUGUCGAGUUCCGUUUAAUCUAGUAGUAAGGACGGUAAUAUAAUCGAACGUCCAAAUGUUGAUGUUUGUGUAACUGGCUGAAGGGUCCCAUUACACAGUGGCGGCUCGUCCUAUGUGUUCAAUGGUUCAUUGAACCCCCAGAAUUGAACCAACUCCUAUAGAAUGAUGAAUUCUACUCAUAUAAUUAUAUUUUUAUUUCAUACUCAUGAAAUUACAUCACAAAAUUUUUCAUCUACGUAAACUUAACGUCGUUGUCUUGCGGCCGGUGCCGGAGUGGCUUGCUUGAAACAGCACCGAAUGGCAUGACGAGACGGGUGGUGGUGGAAAGCAGUGUUCAUUCCCUGAUGUGAACCCAAAAACAUGGCUGGGUGAGGUAGUGGAACAGAGGAGGGGAAUCGGUUUGCUAGCACGGAUUUGGUUCACAAUCCUGACUGAACCAUGUUUCCACGAGUUCAUCGAGUUCAUCCGAGAGUAGCCGAACCUAGCCGAGGCAAGUGAAGCAUUCGGUAAACCUCGGAAUGAAUCAUGAGUAUUUGUGAUACGGAUUCAGUAGCAGUGCCAUCUUGAACAUACAGUAACCAAUAAAUUCAAAUUUGGUGGCAGUAAACAGGUAAACAGUAGAAAAGCGGUAAACAAGAAGUAGAAAGCGUGACAGUUUUGAGGUUAUACGGUACGGUUUCGGGUAUGAUAUAUAAGCUUACUGUAUACAGUUGUGAUAGAUUUCACAGCAUUUUUUGUUAUAUAAAUUUGUUUUGCGUGUUGAAGAAUAUAGACUUGUAAUUUCUAGUGUGUUUCGUGUAUUUGUGAGGAAUUCUAGUAUGUCCAUUUUGUUUUAGUGAGAGUGUGAAUAUAAUUUAUAGAGUGUUAGAUACCGUAACAUCAUUUUGAUGAAGGAAUAUGUAUAAGGUUCAUUAUCUGUUAAGACAAACAUUAUUAAUAUUGAGGAUAGGUGUAAAAUAAAACAUGUUGGUAGAUUUACUCCCAAAGUAAAAAUUGAACAAGAAAAAUAUGAACAGGACAAAAAAUCUAUAUUUGUAGAAAAUAUGCUUAAUCUUUGAAGGGUAAUUCUUUAAAAUUAUUAUUGAUCACCUUUACACUAGAUUAUGCUCAAUACUCUAAGCUAUAUCCUCUUGACAUUUCUCCCCAAUAGAUCAUGAGGUUGAACCCCCAAGCUAAAAGAUCACGAGCCGCUACUGCAUUACACAUACCGUACCGGUAGUAAAUAGCAAGAGCAUAGAUGCCUGAUCGAUUAUAGUCUCAACAUACCCACACAGCACGGUUAUAUAUCUGAUAGGUAUCAGAUACUGCACACACGUCUUUUUUAAUAUUUUGAUUAAAUAUAAUAAUUUAAAUAAAAUUCUUUAAUUUUCACCACUGUCAGAAGCAUACUCCAAAACAAAACAGUUCCUUACAUAGAGCCUGAGGGAGAUUUAAAAUUUUAUUAUGAAAAUGAUAACCUAAUGGAAUUUGAUAGUAAAAAAUAAGAACAUAUUCAAUUUAGUAAUAUGCUGAUUUUAAUUUUAUAUUCAUGUUCUUGGACAAAGUCCUUGAAUGAGUUCAAUUUCAAUUUACAAUACAUAGGUUAUUUAUACUUAUACUAAAUAAUAAUAAUGACAAUGAUAAUGACUCACCCUUUUUAGAAAACAUACAAUUAAUACUAGAAGCUAAUAAUUCAAAUACAUUUUUCUGUCAAUUCAUAAUAAAAUGAAUAAUAUUAUCCCACAAAGUGUGUUAAGUUUGAUUCCCACUUUAAUAACAUUUAACUGUUUCAAAACUACAUUUCAUCUCCACAUUAAUACCAAGUUUUCUCUUUUCCAUUAUAUCACUUUACAUUUCAAUUCAAGAUAAACCUUUAAUAAUAAAACUGCACUAGCUAAAUCUUUUAACACACAACAAAGAAAGGUUGUACAUCUACCAUCACGAAAAAUACCAAACAGAACAAGACUUCGCUUCUUUCCCUCCAGUUUUUAACUGCCAUAACGUUUUAUACCACUCAAUUUCCCUCCAUAUAUUAGAAUAAUUCUUUUUGUUAUUUAUUUACUGUUCAAAUUUAAUAAAAAUGCUAUUUAUUUGAUUUAAAUUUAUAUUUGGCUUUUUGUAUAUUGUUUUAUUGAAAUUCUGUAAAUGAUAACAUUAUGUAAAAUUUAUGUUAAUGUAAUUGGUACAACUCUUUUGAUUUAUUUAAUAAAAUUAUCAAUUAUUUCAUC